AUGGAUGCGCCUUUCCACGAAUCGGUGUAUCGAAGGAAUUUCGAUGGUGUCGAGGAGAAAUCCCAAGGUGGGAUUGACGAGUUCGAGCCAAGUAUCCCCCCACCUCUCUCCUCCGAUCUACUAGGAUUAGUAACUACAGCACCGCCAGGUGAAGAACAUAUCGAAGGAAACCCUAACUACGAGCAGAACAUUCUUGAGCUAGAUGAUAUUGUGGCUACUCCAUGGCAAUAUCUUGAUACGGCAGAUAUCAGUAUUGAUGAAUUCUUUCGUAACAAUGGGGCUUGGCGACCUCCGGAACCUUGUACCUAUUGUAGCCGUCUACGCUUACAGUGUUUCAUGCUUCAAACGACAUCAGCAAAUCCGAAUCCGAUAAACUCCUGCUCUAGUUGCGUGGCUCUUUUUCGGCAAUGCAGUCUAGCAGAGCGAGGCAAGAGACUGCCGGCGGAGUUCGAGACUUUUGAGCCGGUUAUCAAUAACUUGCAUGGAGUAAACGAGGAGCCGGUAACAUCCUCGUCGUUAUCCAUGAAAAACGUCACAAGCGAACAAUCAAGAAGCACCAGAUCUCAAGCAGCCCCUAGCAAGAGAUUCCACUCCCGCUCUGUAAGGAGAACUCAAUUAUUGAGGUCAUGGUUCGCGUGCCACCUUGAUUAUCCGUACCCCUCGGAAGAGGAAAAGGUAUCCCUUGCUCAGCAAUCUGGGCUGAGCAGGACCCAAAUUGCGGAUUGGUUUCCAAAUGCUAGACGGCGACACCGAAUGUCCGCCGCCGCCAAAGCGUCGAGCAAGGUGAAUUUUCCGCAAGGAUCUCCGAUGCCUACCAGCGCGUCUAUGUUAAACAUGACUCCGUUUGAGCGCUGGCGACAGUCACCACCGGAUGAGGAGCCUAUCUCCGAAUCGGUAAUCCAACAAGCUCUUGAUUCGAGUUUAGGGGGUGUCAGUGGGUUUCAAGAAAUUGAAGCCCUUCAUACGGAUGCGGGUAUUUCGUCGGGGAGUGGGGGCUCAACAUUCAAUGUGUACGCACUAUGGCAAUACCCGUCGUCUGAUUCAACGUCGUCAGCCCACACCUACUCUUCUACGGAUGAUAUCUCUAUAUUUUCCACUUCGGCGGGUAGUUUGGAAGGAUUAAACCGAUCUAAAGAUCUUGCCAAGAAAAACCGAAGAUUCCAGUGUACAUUCUGCUCUCGCAGUUUCGCUCGGAAAUACGACUGGCGUCGCCACGAGAAGUCUGUUCAUGAUUCAAAUGAAAAGGCUGUGCAAUGGACCUGCGCAAUUCCGUUACCCAGUGGCCAACCCUCAUUAAUAUGGCGCCUCAACCAGCGAGAGCCAGAAUGCAUAUUCUGCGGGCACAUCUCUCCCACCGAAGAACACUUCCAAUCUCAUGAAUUCGAAGCUUGCGCCGAGCGCGCUGUGCCAGAUAGAACAUUCGCUCGUAAAGACCAUCUUUGGCAGCACUUGUAUAAAUUCCAUGGCUGUCGGAAGUGGGAUGGUUGGAAACCCGACCUGAACCUGCUCAGGCACGACUCCGGGGACUAG